AUGCAAUGCUCCAACUCUCAGUCUAUCUCUCGCGUUCAAGUUUCCACUUUUAUAGACAUUUCCCUUAUUGCGAAACCUCCAGAUUCACCUAAAUUCUCACCUCUUGCCUCUUCCCCAUGCACAUUACCCUCAAAUCCUUUACCUACCCCUCCAUGUCAUCUUUGCAUGGAUACUUCUCCACCUACAAGCCCUGUUGUCGAUAACUCAUCGUCACCUACGCCUACCACAUCUCCUACCUUUGAACACCCACCUUCACCUACACCUACCCCACUACAUAUCAAGGAUCCUCCUCCUCUCACUCCUUAUAGCACUCCCACUCUUGAUCCUACGCCUCCUACACCACCGACUAUGCCAUCUCACCUUAUGGUUACUAGAGCUAAAGCGGGUAUUUUUAAACUUCGACAUAUCGCCGAUUUGUCUCAAGUGACUCGUUAUGCCACCACCGACCCGAAUGGGCUCAAGUCUGCCCUCAAACCUAACAACGAACCUAUUCGAGUCAUGGCAGACGCGACGGAGCUGAUGUUGCCGUUUUAUGUUCGCUACGUCAAUUGGACUCUUAACCAUGAAGAGUCUCCCCCACGACAACAUAGUCCGGUCCGAAAUAGUCCACCUGUUGUUGCCUCGCCUCCCCCACGACAAGAUAGUCCGGUCCGAAAUAGUCCACCUGUUGUUGCUUCGCCUCCUCGAAGAAAGAUGUACAAGUCGGAAACAUAUUUGACUGAAUCUGCCACAUAUGCUUCUUCCUCGCAACAUCCUGAAAUAGAAAGAACUUAUACGUCAUGCGACACAUCAACGAAGGUGGUAAAGAAGAAGAAAACUAGCACAAAGGCAUUAGUGAAACGUCUACUAGGCGUUGUGGCUGACUUAUCUUCUAAAGUAGAUCGUGUAUUACAGAAAAAAGAUGAGCCAAACACACGUUUUGUAGAGGAGGAGGAGGAGGAGGAGAUGAUAAAUGAAGAUGAGGAAGAAGCAUAUUACCAUGGUACACAGUUCGAAUAUGGUGGUCUUGAGGGGGAAGUUGGGCGUACACCUACGCAUGGUGAGCCGUCAUCGGACGUGGGGGAACAUCACUCAAAAACAGUGACUCCUAUUGGUUGGCCGCAACGAAAGAGGGCUGUUGCAUGGUAUCAGCGGACUCCGUUCACAGUGAUUUUAUUUGUAAUAAAUGUUGUUGGUGCCCAUUGGUUUAUGGCGGUGCUACAUUUAGAUACCUGGAAAGUAGAUAUUUAUGAUUCAACACGACCUAUGGAUUACUUCUCAAAGUACUUAACUGGUGGAGAAUUCAAAAGUUUUGGAGAUAGUAUUAUCUCAGAGUUAGAUGCCAUUGAGUACUGGAACGAUUUCCCCGUUGGACACAAAGACAAAGCAAAGGUGGAGUUUAUUGAUGUUGUAGACGCGCCACAACAAGAAUAUAGUCUUGAUAGAGGGGAUUGUGGAGUAUCUGUAUGCAUGUUUAUGGAAAUGAUUGUUUCGGGGGUACCAGUGAAGAUUUCUACGGCAUCUAGAGAUGCGAGAUUUCUCUACAAACAUAAGAUGACAAAUAUUAUUUAG